AUGCGUUCUACCAUCCAGCAAGCCGCGCUCGCCGCGCUCCUCCUUCAGUCGGCCGACGCCGCCCCGGCCGGUCUUCUCGAUGCCCUCGGCGGUGUCACUAACCUUCUUCUUCCGGCCAACUAUGUUCAAUCUCUUACCGGCGUCCUGGGAGCUACAACCGCAAACGGCGCUGGCGUUCUCAAUGCCAACGACCUCCAAACGAAGCUUGGAUCUAUUUGGAACUCGAAGCAGGCAGGAUCCAACAGCGACUUUUACGGCAACGUCCAGAAGCAAAUCGGCCAGGGAAUCGUCCCCUCUGGUCUCCUCUCUGGCUUUCAGGGUCUCCUCGGUGGAGGCGGCCUCCUCGGCCUCGGCAGCGUAGACUUGGCCAACGUCGCUGGCAAGCUCAUUGCUCCCAUCAACCCCAUCGACUCGACCAACAACAACAACCCUCUCAACCCCGCCAAGCCCAUCUACCCGAAGAAGGAUGCGGCCGACGCGCCUUACACCCUUUCCGAGCAACAGCUCCGCCAGGCAAUCUACAUUCCCAAGACAUUCACCUACGGCCAAAAGCCGCCCGUCAUCUUCGUCCCGGGUACGGGCGUCUACGGAGGCGAGGCCUUUAGCCCCAACCUUCUCAAGCUCCUCACCAACGUCCCCUACGCCGACCCCGUCUGGCUCAACAUCCCCGGUGCCCUGCUCGGCGACGCCCAGGUUAACUCCGAGUACGUCGCCUAUGCCAUUAACUACAUCAACGGCAUCACCAGCAAGAACUCGAGCAUCAUCAGCUGGUCCCAGGGUGGUCUCGACACCCAGUGGGCCUUCACCUUCUGGCCGUCCACCCGCAGCGUCGUGUCCAACUUCCUCCCCGUCUCCCCCGACUUCCACGGAACCGUCCUUGCCAACGUGCUCUGCCUGUCUCCCGGAUCCGGUGCCCUCAACGCCCCCUGCGACCCUUCCGUCAUCCAGCAGGAGUACACCUCCCUCUUCGUCAAGACUCUGAGAGCCAAGGGCGGAGCCGACGCCUACGUCCCCACCACCACUUUCUACUCUGCUCUCUUUGACGAGGUUGUCGAGCCUCAGCAGGGCACCGCUGCUUCCGCCUACCUGAACGAUGCUCGCCGCGUCGGAGUUACGAACAUCGAGGUCCAGCAAGUCUGCGCCGGUCGCCCUGCCGGCAGCGUCUACGGCCAUGCGACGAUGCUGUUCAACCCCCUCACGGCGGCCCUGAUCAAGGAUGCGCUGGUGAACCAGGGACCCGCCCAGGUUAGCAGGAUCAACUUCAACGACGUCUGCAAGAACUACAUUGCCCCUGGUCUGACGCUCGAGGACGGUGUUGCCACUGCCGGCACGAUUGUUGCUGCCGGUAUUCGUCUGCUGGCUUACGUCCCCAAGCUUCUUGCCGAGCCUCGCCUUAUGGCUUACGCUCUGGCUUAA